AGCUUAAUAUAGACUAAGCCGCACGGUCUGUCUCCCACACUGAGACCGAGAGCUGCCCCAGCUCAUGACCAAAAUAUGAAGUUGUCGAUUUAACCAAAUGAACUACUGCUAGUGAGGCGGGGGGGAAUAAAUCCUUUAAAAUUUACUUUUCCCUUUAGGUUUAAAAAGUAAUAGAGGAAGGAGAGAAGAAAGAAUAUGUCUGAACUCAGCCAAAACUCUGAUGAAGAAGUGUGUCCUGAGGACAUCGAUGAAGAUGAAAUCCUGGCAAACCUGUCCCCUGAGGAGCUAAAGGAGCUGCAGAGUGAGAUGGAAGUCAUGGCCCCGGACCCUGAGGUCCCGAUUGGGAUGAUACAGAAGGAUCAGACGGAGAAACCCCCCACAGGGAGCUUCGACCACAGGUCCCUGGUUGACUACCUGUACUGGCAGAAGGCAUCCAGACGCAUGCUCGAGGAUGAGAGAGUUCCCGUCACCCUCUUGCCCUCUGAGAGAAGCACUGCAAAGGAGAUGGAAGGAAAAGCCAGCGGCAGCGGUGAGGCAGCCAGCGGGAGGCUGCUGGGAGGAGAGGGAAAAGAGAGAUAUUACCAAAACGAGCACUUGUCCAACUCAGGAAUACAAUCUGAGGAGACAAACAAAGAUGGAAGCAAUAGAGGGAGGGAGGAAGAGGAGGAUGAAGAAACAGAGGAUGAAGAGGGAGAGGAGGAUGAAGAGGAGGAUGAAGAAGGAGAGGAGGAUGAAGAGGAAGAUGAGACUGAGUUGGAAACAAAGGAGACUUUGACCAAUGAGAACCGUCCCAGUGAUCAGAUAAGUAAGAAACCAGGAACAGAAUCAGGAGAAAUCACAGAAAAGCCAAAUGAAAACGAGAAGAAAAUAUCAAAAUUAAACAUCCCCAAAAAGUUAGCACUGGAUACCAGCUUCAUGAAGUUAAGUGCCAGGCCUUCAGGAAAUCAAACGAAUUUAGAAGAGAGUUUGGAGAAAGUCCGAAAAAACAACCCAGAUAUGAAAGAGCUCAACCUGAACAACAUAGAAAACGUCCCCAAAGAAAUGCUGAUAGACUUUGUCAAUGCCAUGAAAAAGAAUAAGAAUAUAAAAACGUUCAGCUUGGCCAAUGUGGGGGCUGAUGACAAUGUGGCAUUCGCGCUGGCCAACAUGCUGCGGGAGAACAGGAGUAUCACCACGUUGAACAUUGAUUCCAAUUUCAUCUCUGGCAAAGGGAUCGUUGCUAUCGUGAGAUGCCUGCAGUACAACGAGACACUGACAGAGCUCCGCUUUCACAACCAGCGGAGCAUGCUGGGUCACCAGGCAGAAAUGGAGAUUGCCAGGCUGCUAAAAGCCAACGCCACCCUCCUUAAAAUGGGGUAUCACUUCGAACUGCCAGGGCCCAGGAUGGUGGUGACCAACUUGCUCAGCAGAAACCUGGACAAGCAGAGGCAAAAGAGGCAAGAGGAGCAAAGGCAACAGCAAAUGAAAGAGCAGAAGGAAUUGAUAGCGAUGCUGGAAAAUGGACUGGGGUUACCUCCUGGGAUGUGGGAAAUGCUGGGAGGGCCGCUGCCCCAGCCAAGGAUGUGUGAACCCCCACAAGCCCCCAAACCACUCAUCCCUGCGGCUGUGUCACUGAGCAAAAGGCAGGAGAGCACGAGGCAGCCACCUCCCGAGCAACCACACAGAGAGAAGCCCGUCAGCUUCGAAGUGAUCAAGCUGAAGAAGGUUCGACGCAAACCCACUGUGCCAGAGUAUGUGGAACCCACCGAGAAAACCAACCUCAAAGACGUCAUCAAAACACUUAAACCAGUUCCCAGGAGAAGACCACCUCCUCUUGUCGAAAUAACCCCCAGAGAUCAACUACUAAACGACAUUCGUCAGAGUAACGUUGCUUAUCUUAAACCAGUGCCAUUGCCAAAGCAGCUGGAGUGAGAAACCAGAAUGACCUGGAGAAAACAACUUGGAAUAAAGACUAUUCAAGUUUUGCUUACAACUGUUUCAGCAGCUGUUUCGUGCAGAAGCCAGGUGGCAUUAUAAGACUUUGGGAACAAAGCUUGCAGUACACACUUUUACAAGUGUUGUGAAAACCGCUGGCAUGGGAAAAGUCAGUGCUAAGCAUCUCCAUCAGGUAUCAAACAAUCCCAGUGCCCUCUGACUGCCAAGUGGAUUUGAAGCUCCAGUUUAUUGUGGGAGUAUUUUUCUCAGAGACAUCAAUAACCUUGUCUUUCUAGUUUGUCAGCAAACUAUUUUGCUUCCACAUUGUCCUUCUGCUGCCAGAUUUUGCAGGAACAUGCUGUGCUAUAUCUUAUCUUUCUUUUCACACAUAUGCUCCUUUAUUAUUCUCUUGUCCAUGAGAAAUGUACUUGGUUUCUAUGUAUAGUUUCAUUUUUUAGGCUAAGGAUACAGAAAUGAAAUAAAGCUCUCUCCAUAAGAUGUGUGCAGCACUCCCAUGGCUAACAAGACACUCGCAGAACAGAACAACUGCUCCAGUAUGUCAACCACCUUGGCUUGAUGGUUUCAAGCUACCUCUAUCACAGAACAUGGUUUAGUUGGUACUGUACCUGAUCAGCAUGUAAAAGAUGAUGCCGUGCUCUGCUUUAGAGCUUUAAUCUUCAUUCCAUGUGAUUCACCUCUGUCCAUGAAGUAAUCCUUAAUUAUAGCCUCCUCGGAGCACAUUGAAAUGCCAUUUCAGGUCUCUCUCCUCACUACUCAGGUGGCAGAAGGAUGAGCCUUAACCCUUUUUGCCAGGGGUUCGAGAAACCCACCAUUCCUCCUAGUACAGGGUAUGAAUAUCAUGUCUUUCCUGGUAGGACUGGAUAUGAUCAGGUUAAACCUGCAUAUAGACAACUAAUUGAGAAAAACUAUUUUUGUGAUUUUUUUUUUCUUCUUCUUCCCUUUUUUAAUCACAUCAGCUAUUUUUUUGGCUCUUUUUCGUAAAGCAGCUACAGGUAAGUCACACUCUUAUGGAACUCAUCCACAAGUGACCAGCUGGUUUUUGCGGUUGUUUUUUCUGUUGAGGUUUUUUUUUUUUUUUACAGCAAGCCAUUUAAAUCUGUGAGGCACAACAAAAGAACAAAGCCUUUUCCCUGCUUUCCUGUGACUGACACACUUACUCAGAGGGCACAGCUUUGCAGCUCCUGGCAGGAUUUCCUUCAGCUGAGUCCCUCCUUGCUUCUGUCUGUAACUCAUAGCAACCUUGCCCUGGCAGCUAAAUCCUGGUACCACCCUGCUCCCCUUCUCACAUUUAUUAUAAUAGUCCUGUAGCAUCAGCAAUGUCCAGGACCUCUUUGAAUCCAAGGUGGUCUCCACCAUCAUUAGUUAAAGCUUUCAUUUAUCCUUGCCCUUUUUCUGUCUAUCACCUGGUCUCUUUCAAAUCCCCAUCUUCCAAACUUGUAAAGCUCCUUCUCAGCUCUGCUGCUGCCUGCAGCUGCAACACCUGUAGACUUGGGAAACUGGAUGAUGUAUUGCCUAAGGCAUAGUAAGGAAUUUAAUUAUCAUGUAGGGGAGAAGGGGAGAGCCAUUUCUGCAGGACAGAGACAUAAAAAAGCAAGCAUGUUUUCACUGCAUGUUUCAUAUAGCCAUCUCUUUUUGUAAAGGACAAAAGUAGGAAGGGGAAGGAACUUGGUACUUUCAACCAAGCCCGGACACAGAGCAUGACAGCAAGUGACAAGCACAGAAAAGCAACUCCCCAGAGGCCUGUUAGAGCGUGCUGCUCUCCAUACUGCCUCCGAGGCCAGGCUAGGGCAGCUAAGACCACAGCAGUUAGGACAGGGGAAAUAAAAUAACACUGUUUUACAAUCUUCAACUCAAGCUGCCAGGUGCAAAUUAGUGCUACAACUAGAAGCAGCCGACACCCCCCAGGGUAUAUAUUCUGCAGGACUUGGGAAGCUCUGCUCUGAUCUAUGUUCUCCUACUAAACAGCCUUUUGGGUGACCUCAGGAAAAGGGAGGCAACGAGAUAGAAACUACACUACUAGUUUGACUGCAGCAGAGUUGGCUUCCCAGGCCUGCUGAAGGCACAGUGCCCAGUAAUCUUAGAAGCAGAAAUCCCUUCCAGGUAAUUAAAAGAAAUUUAAAAUCCUGGUUAAGUAAAGUAGUUAUAUAAGAGACUGAAACAGCAUGAACGCAUGAUUAAGUACUCCACCUCUGUAGAGAAGCCUUUGUAAGGAUGCAAGAGCAAGGCCUAACGUUCCUGCAGCUCAGAGUUCCCACAAGCCUCAACAAAAUUAACCCAGAAACAGCACAUUCAAAGCCAGGAGCUCAUCAUAAGCUGCAGGAUUGACAGCACACCUCCCACUACCACUCUCAGGAACUCCAAUAACUGCAGAAACAGAGACAAACACGAAUUUCCAGGCCCUUCUCCCAACCUGAAAUAAAUACACUCACUAAUCACCAUUAGAGUUUAUUUUUCUUCAUAACUGUGCAGUUUUUAAAAUUCUACAGUAAUGAUGAAGUCAUAGGCUACUACGUUCUUUAAGUGUGGAAACAGUGUUCAAAAACAAAGACCAUGCGCUACGAGCGAGGAACAGGCCAUUGACUCUUCAGCUGGAAUAUAGACGUUUUCAAUAAAUACUGAUCACUUUAACACUUAAAUGGAAUGACAUAUUCAGAUUUCUACACAGUUCACUAUGAAAACAGCAUGGUAAGUUACAUAGAAGCAUCACCUUUAAGGAUCCUUGCUUUUUUGUUAAAUUAAUUACUUUGUUGGAUAAGGGAAAUACAAGAAUAUUUGACA